GCGACUCGGCAGUACACGUUGUUCCGGUUUCGGGUGCGUCCGCGUACCGCUUGCCCCGUCGUUUCCCGUCGUCUCGCGCAGUCGCCGCAGCACGCAUCGGCCGUACACAUUACUCACACGUCUUCUCGUAUACGCGCAGCCGUUCUCUCGCUCAGCCCACGCGCACUAUGCGGCCCACACCGGCACGGCCACACAACAGAAGCUCGUACCGUCGCGACCAGUGAGCAGCCCGCGCGCACCCUUGUCUCUACCGACACCACGUCCUCGUCGCAACAACGUUUCUGGCCCACCCUCCAAGUUAAAGGGACCGUCGAAAUCCGAUCGCGACACGUUUCCCCCUCGCUACCGCCGCCCGUCCACGGGUCCCCGUACAAUCCUCGAACGAAAAAAACAAAUCGCGCCAGCCAUGCGGUCCGCCACCGUAACGCGGCCCUCGCUGCUGCCGCUGCUGUUCCUGCUGGCCGCCGUUGUACCUGAAGCCGUCCGCUCCGUGGAAUCGCCAAUCGAUCCCAAACUUCAAUACAAAGUGAAUUGCAACGAUGAAUAUAUGACCGUCGAUGUUAAAAAAACUGAUGAUAUCAAGAGCAUUUAUCUGAAUCAAAUGAAAUAUUAUCCAGAACUUGCUUGUCAACCAAUUUUUGAAAAAAAUCUUAUUCAAUUCAAACUGUCAUUACGGGACGUGUUUCAAUGCGGUCUGACUAAAGUGACCAAUCAAGGAACCGGCACGAUUACGUACUACCAUCAGAUAGUGAUAGAGAAACACGACGGCGUCAACGACGGACUUAAGUCGUUCGUGAACGUGAAGUGCUGGUUUUCCGGAAACAAAAAUCACACAUUGACCAGGAGAAACGUGCUUCCUGCUGGGUUCCAAGAACCAGAGGACUUGGAGAUAACCACUUCGCUGACGGAGAACGCACCGAUUCCCAUGCUCAAGGUUGGCGUACGUCAGGGUGGCAGCAUCGUAAACGGUGAACUUAACGUCAAUCCGGGCACUCCGUUGCAAAUGGAAAUCUACCUAGACAAGGACAGUGCUCCUAUUUACGGGUUACUAGUGAGCUACAUGCAAGUGACGGACACCAAAGCGCAGGAGGAAACCAUCAUAUUCAACGGCUGUUCGGUCGAUCCUUACCUGUUCGAAAACUUCAAUACGGUAGACGGCGAUUUUCUGACUGCGAAAUUCAGAGCGUUCAAGUUUCCAGAGUCGACUUACGUGCAAUUCAAAGGCACCGUUAACGUCUGUCUAGACAAGUGCAGAGGGGUGGACUGUAGCAACGGUAAAGUGGGUUACGGAAGAAGAAAGCGAGAAAUCAGUGGUAUCCCACCUGACCCGAACAAGGUGUACGAAGUGUCCAUGACCACGUUCAUCAAGGUGGAUUAUAAAAACGAAAUGGCUCGAGAAAAAGUCAAAUUGGAGAUUGACACUACCGACGAACGGAACCAGACCAACUCCAACGCUUUGGACAUCAAACCCAAAGGCAACGUUCGGAACGCCGACGGCACCGACCAUAUGCGAGUCGACACCGAAGAGAUCCGUGAAGAGCUCAAAUACACUUUACUGGAGGCAAACUAUGGCCAUCGUCUCGGACCUUACGCCAUCGCCGUUGUCACGUCUGCUUUACUAUUGAUCUUGAACGUCUACAUGACUGCGCACGUCUAAAGGACACAAGCAAUUUUUCAGAAUUAACAAUCCUUUAACCUUAUUAACUUUUGUCUCUUUAUAUUAUUUAUGUAAAAUACGAUCGUUUAAGACAAUAAUAAUUAGGUGUCCAAAUUUCACCAAGGUUAGAGUGUCACACUUUAUCACAUGUAUAUUGAAAUAUUUGUUCGUGUCUCAUAAAAAAAAAAAAAAAACAUCAAUUACU